CGCAUGAUUGGGGAUGUUAGAUGAAAGCAAUAAAAAAACUCGUAGGGUUUAACUAGAAGUACCUUUCUAGCUUGCAAAAUCGUAUAGUAGGACAACUACUGGGCAUAAAACACAAUAAUAGAAACUUAAGACACUGACGAAUGAAACAACACGAUUAUUACAUCGUGGGAUGAGGUAUACGAACAAUCUUGAUAGGUUGUAUGAGACUACAGGCCGGUACCUGUCAGAGUGGCCAAACACGAAUAAACUAAAGAUGGAAAACAAAUAUCCCUUACUAAUAUAUUUAGAGGGGAAAAAGUAAUAUUUAGGAACAAAAUUCUCUUCAAAGAUUUGUCUCAAAAUGAUACGAUGAAAGUACAAUUCAUUCUUCUUUUGGUCGCUUCAAGUUUUGUUCAAAGUUCUCCCCUGCACGCACGAAAUAGCAAAGGAUUGACCCGGCAAAAGGCCAAUGAGGAAGUACGUUCCAUCAUCUCGGCCAUUGUUGAUGCUAUUCUUGAUGGAGAUCGAAAAAGAAGAUCUGAAGUUGAAGAUUUUGAUGAUGAAAGUACCCAUGACGGAAACCCAAAACAUACCAAAGUAAAUGAAGCACAAGACGAGACAAUGAAAAAAAGGAAAUUCUCAAAACGUCAGGAAGAUGAGGAUAACAGCGUACCAUUAGCUAACGUCAUGGCGACCAGUGAUGUGAACUCCACAGAAGAUCAAAAUGAAAUAUUCAAGAAAGACAUUAUAGGACACGUUGAUGACAAGAAUACUUUGAAAAAUGUUUUAAAAAAAUCAGAGUAUGGUAGCGGAGGCGAAAGCAUGGAUAAUGAAGGAAUCUCGGAGAUACAGUUACCUAAGUUUCUUUACGGAAUGAUCAAUGAUGAAGAAUCAUCUAGCUCAAGAAAUGAGGGGAAAGAAUCACACGAAAUAUCUGCUGAGGAAGGAUCUAAAACAACUGCGGAUGAUACGGAUAAGAAGAUCAAAAACAAAGAAGGAACUGUCGGGAAAGAUGCUGAAAAUAAUAAUAAAAAGACGGGGUCAAAAAAGACAAACAAAAAAGAAAAAAUUACACCCGAGUUAAGUCCUUCUAAGAAGACACACAAAAAAUCUGCAAAAAAAACUACAGACGGGAAGCGUAAAAAACACGAUAAUGAACGUUCUGUAGCCGAAAGCUAUUCUGAUUUUUUGAAAAUAGCGAAAAAUCCAAACCCGUUAGUAAAACACGAAUCUAUAAAACACGUGAGAGAUGAUUCUGAGAUGAACGAGGAUCCUUCCAUCUUCGAGAAGACAACGAAACUGCAAGAAUCCGAAGAAACCAUGGAUACAGACGAGGAGGAGGAUGUUUUAUCGGAAUCAAAACGAAAUAAAGACAAAAAAGAGGACGACGAUUCCACGGAGGAGUCGAGCGAUAAAUCUAAGGCUGAUGACGAUGAUCAUGGAACAACUAAUCAAGGAGAGGAAACCGAUGAUCAAGAUGAUGAUGACACAGAUAAUCAAGGUGCUGAAACCAAUAAUCACGAUGGAGACACCAAUGAUCACGACAAUGGGGACACCAAUAAUCACGAUGGUGACACCAAUGAUCAAGAUGGUGAAACCAAUAAUCAUGAUGGUGACACCAAUGAUCAAGAUGGUGACACCAAUGAUCACGAUGGUGAAACCAAUAAUCAUGAUGGUGACACCAAUGAUCAAGAUGGUGAAACCAAUAACCACGAUGGUGACACCAAUGAUCAAGAUGGUGAAAACAAUAAUCACGAUGAUGACACCAAUGAUCACGAUAGUGAAACCAAUAAUCAUGAUGGUGACACCAAUGAUCAAGAUGGUGAAACCAAUAAUGAAGAUAGUGAAACAUCAAAUCAAGAUGAAGAAACAGAUAACGAGGAUGACGAAACUGAUGAGAACGCAGAUAAUCACGAUAUGGAUAACAGUAAACUACACUUUGAUGUUGAUUCGACCACCGAAAAGCACCUAAACAAACCAAGAAAGACUGAGAAAGAAACAGCGGAAACACUUCCAAAUUCUACAGACCAUUCUAAAACGCAAUCCGAGGACAUGACAUCAACGGAUGAUCCUGACAGAGAAGAUAAUUCUAAUAAAGAUCAAGAAACAAGUCAUUCUAAAGGGUCCGAAGAUGAUGCCAUGGGAUCAGAAGCCGAUUCCAUGGGAUCUGUGGAUCAUUCACAGGAGGUUUCUGAAGACAAAUCUAGCAGCAGUCAAGACGAUGAAAUGAAAUCCGUAGCAGAAUCCAAUGGUUCCUCAGAGGAAUCUCAAUCUGAGGAAAAGGAUGAUUUGGCAUCAGGUUCUGCAGACGAGUUAAAUGAUUUCCACGUGGUCUCUGAUGGGUCACAACAAGACUCUGAUGGAUCACAAAAAGACUCUGAUGGAUCACAACAAGACUCUGAUGGAUCACAACAAGAUGGAAUGCAACAGGACUCUUAUGGAACUCAAAAAGACUCAAAAGAAAAGCAAAAAGAUUCAAAAGAAGAGCAAAAAGAUUCAAAAGAAAAGCAAAAAGACUCGAAAGAAACCCACAACAAGAGUCCAGUGGAAUCACAAGAAGAGGCUAAUGGAUCUAAACAAGACUCUAAUGAACCACAGCAAGACCCCAAUGGUUCGAAAGAUACCAAUGGAUCACAAGAAGGCUCUGAAGAAAAGCAAAAAGAAACUCACAACAAGACUCCAAUGGAAUCACAACAAGACUCUGAUGCAUUGAAAGAAGACUCUAACGGAUCACAACAAGACCUUAAUGGAUCACAACUAGAGUCUAAUGAACCACAACAAGACUCUAAUGAACCACAACAAGACUCUAAUGGACCACAACAAGACUCUAAUGGACCACAACAAGACUCUAAUGGACCACAACAAGACUCUAAUGGAUCACAACAAGACUCUAAUGAACCACAACAAGACUCUAAUGGACCACAACAAGACUCUAAAGGAUCACAACAAGACUCUAAUGAACUACAACAAGACUCUGACGGAUCACAACAAGACUCUAAUGGACCACAACAAGACUCUAAUGGAUCACAACAAGACUCUAAUGGACCACAACAAGACGUUAAUGGGUCACAACAAGGCACUGCUUUGCCGCAAGUCUCCAAUGGAUUGCAACAAGACCCUGCGAGAUUGGCCUCCAAGGAAAAAUAUUUAAAGAGUUCUCAGGAUCAAGUUGCAGAAUCAGGUCCCGCUGGGAAUCCCGCGCAAUCCAGGGUAGACUCUAGUGAUUUCAAAACCCCAAACGCUGCGACAGACAAAACACCACCCAUCCUUGUAAAUGAGGAUAAAACUGAUGUCAAAUAUGUGAACAACGAAGAGACUGAUUCAUCUUUAGGAAAGAGUUCUGGCAGUGAAGUCGAUGAUAAGAAUAAUUUCAAGUAUAUAAGCACAGAGAAUUCCGGAGAGAGUUCUGGCAGAAUCGCAGAAGACGGUGCUAAGAUCACUGCAAACGACAUAAACACAGGCUCGGCAGAUAUUGAAGAAGACGGUUCAACAGGAAAUUCAGAAAUCGAAGCCAGUUCAUAUGAAGACAGCUCACAAGCACCUGAAUUUGACGCAAGUUUACAAAAUAAUCAGGAAACGCAUGAAAAAGGAGUUGCUCUAGAGAAGAAUAAGAAGGUAAUUAGCAAUAAUAUUGACGAUGAAGUUAGCUCGGAAGAUGAUAAUUCUAAUGAUGGUGAAGCGACGGACACAGAGGAACAUCAAACUAACGACUCUGAACAAAGCAAAAGUAUUGAUGAGAAUGAUAGCAUGGACACAGGAUCGAGUUCCGAGGAUUCCAGUUAUGACGACACGACCCGAAACGAAGAAGAAAAAGACAAUAACAAUACCAACCAGAAACCGUUGAAGAUCACUUCAAAAACUAAACAUGGUGCGGCCUCCACAUCGAUAAAUGAUAUGCAAAGUCCUCAAACUGCAGAAAAUAAAGAUAAAGAGGUAAAGCCAGAAGAAAGCGGAAAGAUUAUAGAAACGUCGUAUAGAUUUAAUGAUGAAGACACGCCUGACGAUGAAGAUUUUAAAAAUCAAGGCAAUGAAGCCUGGACGGGUAGUUCUAACCAGGAUCCAGUUUUGAUCGGUGACGACACUCCUGAUCUGACUGGAGAGGAUGCAGGGAUUGCCAUGGAUGAAAACCCACAGGUUCAGGAUGACUCAAGGCUUGUCACAAAUCAACCCAGCAAUGAUAAUGGUAUAUAUGAGGAUAGUCUUAACAAACAAGCUCCUGAUCUCAAGCAGUGGGAACAUAGUAAAAUGCAAAUUCCACCACCAAGCAAUGAUUACAACUGGAUGGAGAAUGCUCUGGCAAAUAAUCAAGAAUCAAACUUAGAAACCAUUCAAGAUAGAUUGCAGGAUUAUCAAAAUACGGAGUGGAAUGGGAGAGAAACACCUUACCUCAAUAAAGGACAAAGACAGGAAUAUCAAACAACAGAACAGCCAGAGCUGGAGAGGAAAACUUCCAUUCCAAAAGGCAACAAGUUAUCCAACCCUCCCACAAAAAGUCAGCAUUAUACAGCUCCGGCAGACGCGUUUACUGACAAUGAUGUAUUUGGUUACGCUGGGAGUAUCGGGCCAUUCCUUCAGAAACGAACUUUUAUCCCAAACAAGCUUGAUGAACCUUCGGAGACAGCAAAGAAGGGCGACAUCUUAGAAAGUUUGAUGACAGAUGUGGAUGAACCAUGGAUCAAGAAAUUCUUAAGUAAGACUCUGAAGAUGGCUGUCAAUGGGAAUAAAGAAAUACUUCGUUCAGAAGACGAUGACAAGAGACAAAGUGAAGACUUUCCAGAAAUACGGAGAGAUAAAGUGAAUCAUUUAGAGUCCAAGGCAAGUAAGAAAACUACAGAACAAGAUGAUGCUAUGCCACUUGAUGCAACAAAUAACAAAGACACACUGGAUGAUGAAGAUGAUCCUGAUCAACCUGCCACCCAUUCCACAGAGAAGGACGACUACAGCAUUGGUGAUGAAUAUGAAAAACAGAAAGAAAAGGAUGAAGAAAAAUCUGACGAUUUAAAUGAAGCACUAACAACACAUGAGAAUAUACCAGACAGUACCUCAGAAUCAAAUGGAAAAAUGGAGGGAUUGCCCCUGAGCGAGGUUGUCAAACAUAUUCCUAUGUCAAAGUCACCAGUGGCUGAUAUUGGCACCAUACCAUCUCAGGGAGAUAGUCCUAUCAAAUCAGUCAUUAGAAUAACGGCACGAGUUCCAUCAAACCCAUCCUUUUCAACACCAGAACAGAUUCCGUCGAACCAACAAGAUCCGUUUCAGACUUCGCCACCAAGAUCAUCACCAGAAAUCAUACCAUCAACACCAAAACUACCAGAACUAGUACCAUUAGAUCCACCACCAAGUGUAGUUGGAACGUUGGAACCAAACAUAUCAUUACCACCAUUCACAGAAAACCAAUCACCAAAACCAGCACCAACAUCAAAUAAUCAAAUUGUUGACCCUAGUACACCAGUAGCACCAAAACAAGACGUAACAUCAAGUAACCAAGCCAAGCAAUCGCCUCAACAAAAUCUUACACCAAGUAACCUAGCAGCCUCCGCCGUAAUUGGUCCAAUUAUCAAAGUAAUUACGUCACCAGCAAAAACGGUUACAGUCAAAGAUGAGAGAGUCGAUAAAGAAAACGGAAAAAUUCAAACUGAGAUAAACAACGCUUUAAACAAUAGUAUUCAAAACAUCGGAAUAUCAUCCGCAAAUGACGUGUUAGAAAACACCAUAAAGGAAGCAGAGCUCAUUCAGGUUCUCAAAGAUGCCAUUCCAGUCAACCAACGGAGACCAGUUGGAACAGAAGAUGAUCUAAAACGAGGCUUAGAUGAUUUAAAAGAUUAUGCAGUUGCGCUGACAGAAGCCAAGGGACUCUCACAGACUCAGAGAAAUGGUGUAGUGGAAAAAUUAGCGCGUGAUCUUCUGGAUGAAAUGAGAGUGAUGGACGGAAGAAAACAAAAAUUAUUGAACGAAUUGAUGUCUUUUGUCACUGCCAUGGAAGUUUCAACAUUCAAAGAGCGAUUGAAGGAGAUAAAAUCCCAAGUCAUCUCGGUGUCCUCACAGAAUCCUGAAGACACUGAAAAAAUACGAUCAACAGCAAUCAAGCUUCUUGAUGAACUCUUUGAAGAACUUCCACUACCUAAAGGUCGAAUUGAAAAAACAGAAAAACAAAUUGGUCAAUCAAACUUACUCAAAAGUCUUAUAAAAGCGGGAGAAAAAAGAGUUUUAAGAAGUAAACUUAAAAAAGCACUGACAGAUUUAGUCGCCGACAAACUUUUGUAGUUUUGUAGCCACGGCUGCAUGUAAUUUGUAAAAAAGAGAGCAAUAAAAUAACUAAGACUUGAAAUGCAGAAAAUAAGAUGAACCACAGGAUAUGUUCGUAAUGGUUUCAUCGUUCUUUUUCCAAAAUUAUAUAAACUACGAGAUGAAACCAAAACGGAGGAACCAUGAUAUAAAUAGGAGCAGGUUUUAUUUUCAAAAUCUCCCGCGUUAGUGACCGCAGGUUUCCAGUGACAUAAUUUCAUACUUGAGUAAUUACGAUAGCUCAAAUACUAAAUAUAAUUUUGCUUGUUAGACAAGCAUAUAACAAUCUAAACUCUACGACAUGAAAAACGUGUUAGAAAGAUCGAUGUAGAUGCACAACGGAUACUAAAUUAAAUACUGGCUGUACAUAUUUGGGAACAAAAUAUAAAAACUUGUGUUUUUAAGAAGAUUGAUGUUUUGUCAGCAGGUACCGGGUUGAACCAAUAGUUCUGACUGUGUUUGCCAUUUUGUCGAAAGAUAUUGGCGAAAA